UUUGGCUUUUUAGUCAGGAUUGUAUAUAAUUUAUCUUGUUAUGAGUGAUGAGUGGACUGGACAAAGUAACAAGAAAACUGAUAUUACUUUUAGAUAUGAUAACCCAAGCCUGUUGGCCCUUUGGUUCAGUGGUUAGCACUUUUGCUAUAGAGCAAAAAAAAAAAAAGGUAGAGUUAAUAUUUAAAUGAGGGUAACGACUAGGUUUUACAAUCCCUUGAUAACACUGAAAGUUUUUUCUACGCAGUUUGUAGCAUCUGAAUUCUUUGUGAUCUUUCUCAGUCUGCUCUGUAGACGUGUCGUUUUGUGCUCCCUGCUCUCUCUCAACAUGGUGGACAAAACCCCAAAAAACGAAGGCCUGCAACUGAAGAGGGAAAUUGGAUUGAUUGGUGGAGUAGCAAUAGUUUCUGGAACCAUGAUUGGAUCCGGUAUCUUCAUGUCCCCACAGUAUGUCCUGGCGUAUGUGGGAAGUCCUGGGGCCAGCAUGUUAAUCUGGUUUUUUUCAGGUGUUGUGGCUUUGCUUGCAGCUCUCUCCUACACUGAGCUUGGGACCAUUAUUCCUGAAUCCGGUGGGGAAUUUACUUACAUCCUGAGGAUCUAUGGUUCAUUCCCAGCCUUCUUUGCAGCAAUCACUUUCAUCCUGCUUGUAAAACCUUUCGGCAUUGCAGCAAUGGCAAUGGGCAUUGCACAGUAUGUCAUGGCUCCCUUUUACCCAGGCUGCCCACCUCCUCAGCUGGCUGUGAAAUGCUUUGCAGCUUUUAGUAUUCUGGUAGUUGCCAUUACCAACAUCCUGAAUGUCCGAUUUGCUCUGAGAGUGCAGGUGAUCUUCUUGGUGGCCCAAGUGUUUUCACUCACUUUCAUUGUAAUUGGAGGGCUAGUGGAAGUGAUACAGAGCAGCACUGUGAUCGAGGAAAUUUUUAAUGUUGAGAAUGCUUUUCAAGGCACAGAGUAUUCUGUGGGCACUCUGGGAAUGGCUUUCUAUCAAGGCCUCUGGUCUUACGCUGGCUGGUACAACUUAAACUAUGUGACUGAGGAGCUGAACAAACCAGAGGUCACGUAGAUCCAGACACAAGUAUACAUAAAACGAACAAACACCAGAGAAAGAAUUGAGGACACCAGAAGAAUCAACUUGGCUUGCAGGGACAUUUCCAGUAGACUGGAAAUAUUCAAAAUAGUCUCUAUUUUGAAUUUUUCGUUUCUCCAACUGUGUUUUAUAGAGCAGAACCUAAAAUAAAUCAUCGUUAACGUGAAAUCUAAGAAAAACCAACUCUGGACAAGCAGACAUUCUUAAAAUCUGCUUAAAAGUAGCCUCAUUUUAAUUUCAUAGCAGUUUAAUUUUGUGCACUCCUCCUAUUGGGCAACAGGCAGCGUUUUGUAACUGCACGUCUGUUCUUCGCUGCUGCUUCAGAGAAGACAA